UCGAAAUCACAAUCAAAAAUCUUUUUGACAAGAUAUAAUAAUUAUGGUACAAUUGGAACAAUGAAAGAGCAGUUGCUAUGCUACCAGAACACAAGCCCCGCCCACUUCCUUGAUCUUCCUCUCAGCCUUUCGACUGAAGAACUUGGCCUUCACGAUGACUGGUUGCUUUGGCAACACUCCUUUUCCUAACACCUUGUAGUAGCCCUCUUGCACUACGUCGAUGACGGGUGCCUUGUCAGUUCUGUCCUUGUAGGCAGCUCUGGUUUGCUCUGAGACCAGCGACCACAACUUGUCCAGGUUUACCACCGGCUGAUGGUACCUGUUUCUUGUCAGGUGGAAAUGCCGCAUCCCCACCUUUCCAAAAUACCCAGGGUGAUAUUUGUCGAAGUUGAUUCUGUGAUGGUGCUGCCCUCCAGCAUUACCACGGCCACCAGGAUGUUUUCUAUGUUUGCCUACUCGACCGUGGCCGUGCGAGACAUGACCGCGCAGUUUGCGCGUUUUCUUCAGCCUUGAAACCAUUAUCGCUAACACGCGGAAAGGAAGAGAGCAAGGACUCGUACGGAAAGGGUUAGAUAUGAAAAUAAGAGUUCAAAGUUCACCAACUGUCACACGUGCGCAGUUCAAGCGCGAAGGUCAUGAUAGAAGAGUCGGUUUAUGAAGCAGAGAAGGCAGUUCAGCAAAGCUCUAGCAGUUUCAUAGCGAUGGAAGUGAAGGAGCACGUGACCCUGCUACCCUCAUACCUCGGGAGAGUAGGUACAGGAGUGACUGAGGAACUAGCCAGCCGUAUUCUCCACUACCACGCAGUGUACGGAGGAGUACUGAUGGCCUUUGAUCGUAUACGAGUCCUUCACAGGUAGUAAGUAGCAGUAUUCGUUGUAUUGACGUGAUUGUUGUUCCCAUUUUUUAUUGUGCAUGUCAUCAUAGUAAGUUACUGUACAUAUGUUACAUGGAAACACAUUGUCUCAUUGUCGUGUACAUGUUCAGUCAACAACUACUAUUUCUCUCUCUCUCUCUCCUAUUAUACCAACUGUGUAGAACAGGGCACAUAUAUGAUGAGUUGCCACAUAUCCAUAUCAACAUUGAAUACUCUGCCACCAUCUUCAGGCCUCAGGCAGGGAAUGUGAUGUGUGGGGAGGUAAACAAGGUUGGAGUGGACCAUAUUGGUUGUCUUCUGUUUGGCUGUUUCAACACUGCAGUCACAUGCUCACCUCUCGACCAUCUCACUAAAGAGCAAGAGGAAAAGAGGCUAAAGAGUUGGUGCAGCAGAGCAUUUGAGACUGGGGAAAGAAUCUGGUUUAGUGUCAGUCGCAUUGAGGUGACUGGAAACUUGCUUUCUCUUAGAGGAGACUAUUUGAUUGAGGAGGAAGAGGAGGGAAAAGCAGAAAAUGAUGUUGAAAAGUUAGAGACAAAAAAAGAGAAAAAGAAGAAAAAGAGGAAACAAAAGCAGGAAAAGGACGAGGAGGAUUCAGAGAGGAAGGAGAAAAAAGGGAAGAGAAAGCGAGAGGUGGAGGGGGAAGAAGGUGGGGGAGGUGAAAAGGGGGAGAAAAAGGAAAAGAAGAAAGAAAGCAAGGCUGAAAAGAAGAGAAAUAGAGUUAUGAAAGACAGUGCCUGAUGAGUGUCAUAGCAGUGGAAGCUGGUCUGCCAAGAGGGAGAGAGAGAGAAGGGAAGGCGAAGACACUGUGUGACGCAAAAAUGUGACAAUAUCCGUAAACUUUCCGUUUUUACCGUUGCAUAUUCCGUGUACGUGUUUAUACGCGCGCGUACAUGUACGUAUGUGUUUCCGUUCGGUCGAGGAAGAAGUUGACGUGUUCACACGGCGAGGGAGGGAGAGAAAUGACUCAUAUGAGAGCUCUUGGGGCCGGGCAUCAUGGCGCCAUGAUGGGAGUGCCUCCGCAAGACCAGGAUCAAGUCAUGGCCGGCGGCGUGCCGGGGCAGAAGAGACAAAAGUUGGGAGACAGUUCGUACGUUGCUAUGGAGGGUGGAGGUAUGUCUGAUGAUGAAGAUAUGGGAGGAGGGCGAGGAAAAGGCAGUAAACUCUCCACUGAAGCCAAGCGGUCGCAGCAUUGUGAAGUGGAGAAGAGGAGGAGAGAGAGAAUGAAUCGCUACAUGAACGAACUGGCACAGAUGAUCCCGACCUGUGCUGCGGUACCACGAAGACUCGACAAACUCUCCAUUCUUAAGAUGGCUGUGGACCACAUGAAGACACUCAGAGGAGACCCGCACUCCUCAUCUCCCCACAGACCUGGAUUCCUCACUGAUGAUGAACUAAAACAUCUUGUUGUGGAGGCAGCUAAUGGGUUCAUGAUCAUCAUCGAGUGUUCCUGGGCCAGGAUUCUGUUUGUUUCAGACACCAUCAGUGAUGUGUUGGGUGAACCGGUGGAGAACUGGAUGGGAACGUCUUUCUAUGACCUCCUCCAUCCCAAAGACAUCCAGAAAGUCAAGAGUCAGCUCACUUGCUUCGACCUGGACGAAGCAAUGAAGGCCGGUGUCAAGAACAAUGUGGGAAAUUCUCCCCUGGUGCUGCAGGGACAGAACAUCAAUGGUCUCAGGAGGUCAUUUCUCUGCCGUGUCAGGAGAAACACAGCAGACCAAUCCUCCAGGUCCACCUCUGGGGAUGGUUGUCAUGGAGACGGAGUUGACUACCAGAGGUCGGAGGACGUCAUUAGACUGCUGCAGUCGACUCAGCAGAAUGUGGAACAGCAGUACGCCGUUCUUCACUGCACUGGGUUCAUAUGUCACCUGACAACGACAGAGCAACAAGCUCUAAAGAUGGAGGAAGGGUCGUCGGGGGCGUGUCUCAUCGCUGUUGCUAGGCUACAACAUUUCGGAGAUGGGACACCGCGAGCAGCAAUGGAUGCCAGCGAGAAUGAGUUUGUUGCUAGGAUCGGGACGGACGGGCGGUUCACCUACGUUGACCCCCGUGUGGUGGGGGUGCUUGGUUACCUGCCGCAGGAUCUGAUUGGUCAGGUCUCCUACGAAUACUAUCAUCCAGAGGACAUACAGAAGAUGGUGCAGCUGCAUCAUGACGCCAUGAAGAGAAGAACGCCGAUGCCAACAGUCAAGUACCGGGUGUUGAGCAAGGCUCAGAAGUGGGUGUGGCUCGCCAUGAAGGCCUUCUCCUUCAUCAACCCAUUCUCACAACAGGUUGAGUACGUCGUCUGCACCAAUGUUGCCAUGAGGAUGACGAAGCAGAGUGACCAGGGAGUGGUUCAGAGGGCGGAGGAGCAGCCAGCCCUGCCUGCUCCUCCGCCUUCCUCGUCCUCCACUGACGACAGAUUCUCACUCACUUCACAGCAACUGGGGGCAGGGGGUGGGGGAGGGAGAGAGGAAGACCCGAUCACUGCUCUGUUCCCGGAUCUGGUGAUGCCACAGCAGACUUCCGGAGCCGCUGCAGGGCCUUCUGCUGGACAGAUGAUGUCAUGGGCAGGAGACAUGACGACAUCACAGCACAUGGCUCCGGCCUACUCCAUCCCUCCCUCUGCUCCGUUCCUCACCAGUCCGGCCGAGACCAGUCUGGAGGAGAACGCAGUGAAGGCCCAGCAGAUGCUGGUGGAGUACCAGCAGCAGGUCGCCCAGCCUCAGAGGAGAAAGGACAUGAACAUGGUGUUUCCACCUGGACUCUUCCCUCCCGAGAAGGAGAUUGACCUUGAGGGGUCUCAGCAGGCCUACCAGAUACUUCAGGCAGGACUAGAUGAUCCAUCUCAGUUCAUGAACCUCUUUACUCAACUGGAGGCUGACCCAUUCAGACAACAACACAUGUUGGGUGAUAUUGAUCUCCUUGACUGACUAAUUACACUGCUACCGUGACAUCAUGCUGUUUCUAUCAAUCAAUUGUCGCUUUCUGUUUGUCUCUAUAAUGUCCCAUUGUCUUUCUCCACAAACUAUCACAUUGUUCCAUUGUCUUUUCUAUACAAACUAUUGGCACUAUAAAGACAAUUAUGCACAUUUUCAUGUCACCAAACUGUUUUGUAUAAUGAAUGAGAUUAUGCAGUCAUUAUUGUAGCUGUGAUUUCUGUACUGAUGAUAGUACAAUAGCAGGUGUUAUUUUCUUCUGUUGGUGAGGUUUCUGCAAGAGAAAAGGGACAAUAACCCUAUAUGCUGCCACCUACAAAUUGCUAGUUGAAAAUUGUACUGCCACA